UUUUUUUCUUUUCUUUUUUUCUUUCUUUUCUUUUCUUUCUUUACCCCUUGCCUUCCUUUCUAUUUCUUUCUUUAUUUUUGUUGUCAUGUCAGCAACUGUACAUCCACCUCAUGCUAAUCAAAAGUUUUGGCCUUUAAAAAAAUUUGCUUUAGGGAAAAACGCCAACUCGAACGCCUCAUUACAACGGAAAACAUCCACAGUAUCAGGGGAUAAAAAGACAUCCAAUAGUAGAAACACAUCAUCAACGUCUACAACAACUAUUGUUACACUAUCAAAACAGCAACAACAACAACAACAACAACAACAACAACAACAACAAACUACUGUCUCAAGUUCUCUUCAACAAAGGCGAAAUAAAAAAGGAUCAGUUAUCUCUUCAGAUGAUCAAGUUCCUCCCUCUUCUGAACAAAAAUCAACCAGUGUUAAAAAACAAGAACAGGUUAUUUGUACUACGCCUACCACUUCUCCUAUGACAAUUCAAAAAUCAAAACAACGCACAUCAUCCUCAUCACAAACGAACACAACUACUACUGCGUUUACAACAAAAGAAGCGAGACAACAACAUGCACCACCAAUCUCCAGUCGUCGAUCAUCCAUCAAACCAACAAAAAAGGAUCAGCAACAACAACAAUUAGAUUUACUUCCAUCUACCAAUGAUGUAUCUUCAACAACAGAUUCAUUUAUGGAUCCAUCUCCUCCUUUACCUUCAUCAAUUUCACCUAUUCCUACACCAGUCAUUGUCUCUUCACCAGACUAUCCAGUAAUUGAUGAUGAUGAUGAUAUAUCUUCUUCAUCACGUCCCACAACAACAACAACAACAACAAUCAAUGAUCAAUCAAUGACAGUCAUACCAAGAUCAUCACGACCUCGACAGCAAAAAUUAUUACGCCCUACCUCAUGUACCAGUUUACGCCAAGUAGCUCUUCAUCAAACACUUUAUCCACCAUCACCAAAAUCAAGACCAGUCAGUGCUUAUUAUGACAUACCCACUAAUCAUUCUGAUCAUCAACAAAUUCAACAGUCCUAUACUAUCAAACGCUCCAGCACUGUCAAUCAUAUUUCUCCAUCCUGUUCUGCAUAUCGUCGAUCUUCUGAAUCUACUUUGGAAGAUAGCUUGAUUACUCCCCAAGAUAAUGAAUAUGAUGAAUACGAUGUAGAUUAUUAUUACGAUGAUGAUGAUCAAACUCUUUUUUCCAAUAGUAUAGCUUCUAUAGAUGCUAAAGUAUCUCCAUCUAGUCCACCAUCCAGGCGUUUAGUAAAAAGACCAAUGUCCAUGAUAUGUCAAAGGUUACCAGAUCCCAUUUAUGUUACUGACUCCUCCUCUCAUAACCAACAACAACAACAACAUCAUCAUCAUCAUCAUCAUCAACAACAACAUCAACAACAGCAACAGCUUCUUCAACAUCACCACCAUCAGCAACAACAACAACAACAUCAACAACAGCGACGUCAUCCUAAUGUUGUGACUGUAGCUGGUGCAGGUGAUUUAUGUAUUACUUCUUCUGAAAGUUAUCAUCGUCUUGGGAAUCAUACUAUUCCCACUCAUGGUACUGAUGGUUCCUCAUCUUCAAGACGUCCUGUUUCCGAUUGUUUAUCAACAAAUGGCUAUCUAUCCUCUUCUUCUGCUUCUCUUACUGGUGGUAGUCCUUUGGUUGAGUCUUCUCUACGUCAUCAUCAUCAUCAUCAUUAUGAUCAAUCACCACAUCAACAACCAAUGUAUGUAUUUCCUGAUUCAGUUUCAUUCAAUAAAAAAUUCAAUAAGCGAGGUUCAAUGCAACAACAACAACGAUCAAAACAACAAAAGGAAGAAUCAACUUCUCAACGACAUCAUCUUAGUGUAGAUUUAUUAAAACAAGAACUUGAAAGUGAACGUGCUGUGGUCCAUGCUUUACAACGUCAAAAAGAAGCUUAUAACAAGGAUAUCAGUUACUUGUGUCAAAAUGUGGACACUUUAUCCAAGGAAGGAAAAGAAUGGAAAACGAAAUAUCAACAAGAAAAAGCGGAAAAGGAAAGAUGUCAAGAUGAUCUAGCAGCAGCAAUGACCAAAUUUAGUGAAGCCACAGAACAAAUCAAACAAUUAUUAAAUGAAAAACAAUAUCUUGAAAAGGAAUUGGAUCAAGUUAAAGAUCAAUUGACAAUGUCGGAAAAACGAGCAUCUGCACCACCUUCAUUACCUACCUUAACAAAUGUUACAACGACAUCUUUGCUGAAUGAACAACAAUUAGAAACAUCUUUACAUCAUGAUCAACAAAUCAAACUUAUUCAGACCACCAUGGAACAGUUAUUACAAUUAGAUAUAUUCGAAUCAUCACCCACAUCUUUGCCUAAAGAAAAAAAAAGGGAUGAAGAAAAGGAUAAUGAAACAAAGACAAUGACACGUGUCAAUAGUGUUGUUUCAAAUACUUCUGGCGUUCAGACAACAUCAACAAGAAUGAGAAGUAGAUCUAGAUCAUCCUCUUCUCGAUAUACUGUCAAUACAACAUCAUCAUCAUCAUCACCACCACCACCAACAACCACAACAUCAACUUUGAUCAAUGCUUCUGAUAAAUCUGAACAACAUCGUCGACAUCAUCACCAUCAUCAUCAUCAUUCUUAUACAGAUACCAAUGCAGUACCUGGAAAUACAGUAUCAUCUACUGAUUUAGAUGGACAAUUACAACGUUUAUUACAUGAAAAAGAACUUUUACAAGCAGAAUAUAGUAAGGUCCCAGUUAGCGGUGGUAAUGCUAUUUGUCGGCGACGAAGAGAAGAACUAGAAGCAAGAUUGGAUGAAGUUGAUAGCAAAAUGCGAAAAAUUAGAUUGAAGAUUAGACGUAGACAUAAAAAGGGAUAUAUGGCUUAAAUUCUUUUAUAUAUUUAUAUCAUAGUACUUAGUUUAGUUAGUUUGAUCUUUUUGUUUUAUUACCAUACCUUUUUUUUUUCAAAUAAUAAUAACAAUAAAAAGAAUGGAUUAAAGUUUA